GAAUCAUUUGUGGUGAGGGUUGUUACGCUUUUGAGGACAUCUGACAAUGUUUUUGAGACAAAGUGGACCUCCACUAUAAAUACACCUGUCUCACAUGUCCCUUGGUGUCUUAAAUCUUACGUCAAGGAAGAUUAAGGUAAUAGGCUUUCUUCCAUGCAGUCCACGUCCUGCCUCCGCAGGCCUAUUUCACAUGCUCCUCCAGGAAUAUGGACACCUUUUAUGUCGCAUUACAUAUCGCUUUGCUAUAUUAUCUCAUCACCCCUGGAUCACCAACUUGUCUGACCGGUUGCUCCUGCACGGAUGACAACUUGGGAAGGUCUUUAAUAUGUAUGGAAACCUCCAUGGGAAAAAUUCCAGAGGACAUCCCUCAUGAUUUUAUUAAAAUCCGUAUUGAAAACUGCCACCUGACCGAGUUACCUCGAGGAGCUUUCUCUCAAAUCAGUGCCUUGGAGUUUCUCUGGCUGAAUUUUAAUGAAAUCACCUUGAUGAGCAUCAAAAGCUUAGAUGGGCUGACCAACCUGACUGAGCUCCGGCUGCAAGGUAACAAGCUGACUUCAGUAACAUGGACGGCGUUUCAGGACACACCGAAACUGAAGAUUUUGGACCUAAAGCACAAUCGACUGGACAUCCUGCCCGAACACGCCUUGAGACACUUACCUGCACUGACCUACUUAGAUUUAUCCUUCAAUCAGCUUAGUGUCAUAUCAAAAGAUGUCUUUAUUAAUUGGCCUCGUUACCAAACAGCAGAGAAAGCUUGGGGGAAAGAAGGGCUGGUGUCCAAUGUGGUUCUGGCAUUGCAUGACAACCCUUGGUUGUGCGAUUGCCGCCUCAAAGGCUUUGUUGAAUUUAUCAGGGCGGUCAGCCCUCCCAUCAUUCUCAUGAACUCUUAUUUGAUGUGCUCAGGCCCGGCCUCUAAAGCUGAAAAGUUUUUCCACGAGAUCCAGUUAAAAACAUGCAUGAAUCCGGUGGCCUCUGCCCCAGACACUAACAUCACUUUACCUCUCGGAGCGAAUGCAACACUCACAUGCUUAGUAAAGGCCAGGCCAGGUCCAACCAUUCAGUGGAUGUACAGUCUGAAGAUUAUAAAAGGAUUUGCUGCUACAGAGACUCACAUAGACGAAGAGACCGUCACCUCCCAGCUGGUGAUCCCAACUCUUCACCUGGCAGACCGAGGACUCUACACCUGCAUGGCAAAUAACUUCAUUGGCAACUCCUCUGUCAGCAUCACAGUUAACAUCAACUCCUCCGACUCCUCUGCUCUACUCCCUCCACCUGUCCCCAUGCUGUCAUCCGAUGAGAAUGCCUAUAUUGACAUCCGCAUUGCCAAGCAGACAGUUUACGGUAUCACCCUGGAGUGGUACGCUGCAACGGACAACCCAGCAGAAACCUGGUUCACCAUCCACUUUGGCAAAUACGAUUCACACAAAAAAGAGAUGAUCUACAUUGGUCCUGGCAUCAACAGCUACACUGUCAGCGACCUGCUUCCUGUGACCAAAUAUGAGGUGUGUGUGACCCUGAAGAACCAUCCACCAAGAGAAGGACAGUGCAUCGUGUUUGUGACGGGAAGUGACAUCAGUGAGCUGGAGCAAAGAGAGAGGCUCAUCCACAUCAUCGUCAUUGUUUGCGCCAUGGUGUUGGCAGUGCCGGCCGGCAUGUAUGCCUGCACCACGGAGGCCAGGUUCAGCUGCGUGGAUCAUUGCGUGAAACUGUGGAAGAAGCGCAGGCUGCACGGAGAGGACCUGCAGGGGGCGGAGAGGCAGGGCACCUUUGACAGCCUGCAAGCGGCCAGCGAUGAAGGCCUGUGCAGAGACUCGGAGGAAAAGCCGAAAAAGAGGCGGAAGUCUGAGGACAAAAUCAAAGCAGGAAGUGCAGCUCAUCUGUACUAGCAUCAAAGUAAAUACAUGUGCAAAUGUGUGUAUUUAUAAAUAAUGUCAGUUUGAGCUUAGCACCACUUUGUGCUUCUUGUACAUUAUCAUUACAUUUGAGUCAUCAAAUGUUCCAAAAAUACCUUUGUUCUUAGAAAAGUAAGGAAUGGUAAGGCAAUAGUAACACAUUUACAGAAGGAAAAAGCGGCAACACACAUCUUCUAACUGCCGAUGAUGCGACGAGCUGUGACAGAGGU